CAAACAACCAACCUGUUCAUAUCCACCCAGACACGGUCCCUCUCAUAUUCCCCAGAUAAUUCUCUCCAGAAAUUUCUCUCCCUCUCCCUCUGUCUCACUCUCGAUCGACGUUUUUCGCUUCGAAAAUGCUUCUGAAAGUUGCAUCGGCUUAUGGCUUAUUGAAUUCCCAUGGCGAUAAUAUGAGUUCUUUGUUUUCCUCUUCCUCUUCCUCUUCUUCAAAUUUUGUGGGCAAGAGGGGUAAUGGGUUUGUGCUGUGCGCUACAAAAAGCUCGAACAACAAGCCUUUAACCGGCGUCGUUUUUGAGCCCUUUGAAGAGGUGAAGAAGGAGCUUAAGCUUGUGCCAACUGUUCCACAAGAUUCACUUGCUCGCCAGAAGUACGCCGAUGAGUGUGAAGCCGCUAUUAAUGAACAAAUCAAUGUGGAGUACAAUGUUUCCUAUGCAUACCAUGCCAUGUUUGCCUAUUUUGAUAGAGACAAUGUUGCUCUCAAGGGUCUUGCAAAGUUUUUUAAGGAGUCAAGCGAAGAGGAAAGAGAUCAUGCUGAGAAAUUGAUGGAAUAUCAGAACAAGCGUGGUGGAAAAGUGAAGCUGCAGUCAAUUUUGAUGCCACUUUCAGAGUUCGACCAUGCCGAAAAAGGGGAUGCAUUAUAUGCUAUGGAGCUUUCACUCUCUCUGGAGAAAUUGACAAAUGAGAAGCUUCUAAACUUGCAUGCUGUAGCCUCCCGAAACAAUGAUGCGCAGUUGUCUGAUUUUGUUGAAAGCGAGUUCUUGGCUGAGCAGGUGGAAGCCAUUAAGAAGAUAUCAGAAUAUGUCUCCCAGCUGAGAAGAGUGGGCAAAGGACAUGGCGUUUGGCACUUUGAUCAGAUGCUGCUCCAUGAAGAGGAAGCUGUUGCAUAAAUGUGAGCUCGAUUUUUCUCCUGCUGACCUGUUUCUUUGUGGUAUCAUUUUCUAGAUUUUGCGAAGACAAUUUUUGCGUGUUGGUGGCAGUAAUUUAUUGGUGGCUUAUAUGAGUAUUACGUUGACAAUGAAGUAUAUUUAUGAAAAAUUACAGUAA